CUGUCCACCUAUUUCUUUGCAUCCAUUUUGUGCAGUGCUGAAUUUAAUCAGUCCUCCACAGAUAAAGAUAAUGUAAAAAGGUAAACAUGGGGUGAAAAUGCAAAUCUAUGCCUGAAUACCAACAAGAAAAUCGGUGCUUAGAAAUUUUCAAAAAAAGUGAAGAUGAGAGUGAAGAGGAUGCAUUGCACUGCUAGUACUGCAGCAUUGAGGUCAGUGCUUGCACUAACAGAAAAAAGGAGCAUGUUGAAAGCAAGUGACACAAGAAACUUAAAGAAGAAAGUGAGCUUCAGGAUGAACAGUCAAUAUCAGGAGCUUUCACCAGGGCUUUAAUGAAAGAGGGGACACAGCAUGAUUAUGUCAAUGAAUUUGUGCGUGCUCUUUGUUUUGCCAGAUAACCACGGUUCAUUGCAGAGUGGCCAGUUGGUGACUUUGUGCAUCAGUACUGUCCAGCAUCAAAAACCCUUCCUAAUGCAGACAACCUGACUCUGUAUAUCUCUGCAGAGGGAUUGACUCAGAAGAAAGAUGAAUUUGAAAAGUUCAGUGGGAUUUAUUCUGCUGUUACUCUUUAAAUGUGCAGUGUGGACAAGUGCUGAAGAAGCUAUGGUACUUGCUAAUGCCCACCUUCUCCCUCCAGGAGGCUACCAGAGAUUGAGUAACAACAAUGAGAAAGAAUAUGCCAGGGAUUGUUAUGAGAUUUUUCAGCACUCUGAAGGAAGCGCCAAGGAUGGUCUUUAUGUCAUUCAGCCAAUGAAAGAGCCUAUUGUUGCUUACUGUAAUAUGCAAGAUGGUGGGUGGACGGUAAUUCAACAUAUUACAGCCAAUAGCACUGUGGAUUUUGAUAGGAUAUGGCUUGACUACAAGUAUGGAUUUGGCUCAGUUCAUGACAACUACUGGUUAGGGAAUGAAUAUGUGUAUCAGUUAACUAACACCUCAAGGCCAUAUACACUUAGGGUCAAACUUGUAGACCUAAAUGCCAAAAUCAAAUGGGGAGAGUAUGAACCGUUCAAAAUUGAAGAUGAAGAGUCUCAAUACAAGAUCAGGCUUGGCCUAUACAAAGGCAAUGCUGCUGAUGCCCUGACCCAGGACACAGAAGCUUAUCUCCAUGAUAAUCAGAAGUUCACUACAAAAGACAGAGAUAAUGAUAACUAUUUUCAGAAUUGUGCCAAACUAGAGUACAAUGGCAUUCCAGGUGGAGGAUGGUGGUAUGAUUCUUGUGCCAGAGCAAAUCUAAACCGCAGGAAUGUUAUUUACUGGCAAAAAGACUGCAAUAAGGAACAUUUAUGCAAGUUUGCCUGGAUGAUGGUCAAGCCCACUGACCAUGGCCAGCGUCUUAACAAGGCUUGUCAUUGUGAAAAAGAUGAAUUGUAGAUAAUAUUACUACAUUAUGA